AUGCGUGACUUCCUGUGUUUGCGGAUUUGGCGCAGAGAGUCUGGCGCAGAGAGUCUGGCGCAGAGGAGAGCGGACCUGGCCCCGGGUCUGGACCAUAGUCUGGACCAUAGUCUGGACGGUGCCAUGAGGCCGCCUGCUCUGCUGCUGCUGCCCGCGCUGCUGGCUCUGCUCCCGGGGCUGGAGCUGGGACUCUCCGCGGGACCAGAGCCGAGCCUCCGUGCGUCUGUGUGGGACCGGAGCCCAGAUCCAGAGCCGACAGACUCCAAACCUCUUUGUCGCUGCAGCUGGUUCCUGGUGAAGCUCAGACUGAAAGACUGUGGUCCUGAGAACCAGGUGAGCUCAGAUUUCGACAGCGGCGACGAGAAUGAAGCCGUUUUAUUUGGACGUCGUGAGGAAGAAGCAGAGAAGGUCGACAGAGACGCUGCUCUGUUCAAAAACUCCACUCAGACUGGAGCUUCCUCUGGGGCUCAGGGCAGUCGGGCGAUCGACCGGCGCUUCGCCCACGCUCCGCGUCAGUCUGAAUACAUGCGCUCGCCGCGAGGUAGUUCGGCUGGAAAGGGCGCUCUGCUCUGCGCUCGGCGUGCGGUGUGA